AUGAGACUUAUCAGAAGCAUUUACUUGUUUUGUACCAUUGUGGUAUCAGUGGAGGGCUGGGCCCCAAAGCUGCCAGAGGAAAGAGAAUUGACAACCAACCUCAGCAACUUGUCUCUGAGAAAGGUUCCCGCAGACUUAGCCCCAGCCUCAACCACAGUAGAUUUAUCCUACAACCUCCUUUCCGAACUCCAGAAUUCAGAUUUUCGUUCUGUCUCCAAACUGAAAAUUUUGAUUCUGUGCCAUAAUAGUCUCCAGCAACUGGAUAUCAAGAGCUUUGAGUUCAACAAAGAGUUACAAUAUUUAGAUGUGUCUCACAACAGACUGAAGGUCGUAACCUGGUAUCCAUUGGCCAGUCUCAAACAUGUAGAUCUCUCCUUUAAUCGUUUUGACACCAUGCCCAUCAGCGAGGAGAUUGGCCACAUGUCACAGCUGGAAACCCUGGGGCUGAGUGGGGCAAAAAUCCAAAAAUCAGAUUUCCAGAAAAUUUCUCACCUGCAUUUCAAUACUGUCAUCUUAGGACUGAGAACCCUUUCCCAUUAUGAAGAAGGCAGCCUGCCCAUCUUAAACACAACAAAACUUCACAUUGUUCUACCAGUGAAUGUCAAUUUUUGGGCACUCUUGUGUGAUGGACUUAAGACUUCAAAAAUACUAGAAAUGACAAAUAUAGAUGGCAAAAGCCAAUUUGUAAGUCAUGAAACUCGACACAAUCUCAUUUUGGAGAAUGCCAAGACAUCCAUUCUGUUAUUUAAUAAAGUUGAUUUGCUCUGGGAUGAACUUCUCCUUGUAUUCCAGUUUGUUUGGCAUACUUCAGUGGAAUACUUCCAAAUCAAAAAUCUGACUUUCGGAGGUAUUGUUUAUCUUGACCACAAAUCCUUUAACUACACAAGCACUGUGAUGAGAACUGUAAAAUUGGAGCAUGUUCGUUUCAGAAUUUUUAAUAUCCCACAGGAUAGAAUCUACUUGCUUUUCACCAAAAUGGACAUAGAAAACCUGACAAUAUCAGAUGCCCAAAUGCCACACAUGCUGUUCCCUAAUUCUCCUACGAGGUUCCAGUAUUUAAAUUUUGCCAAUAACAUCUUAACGGAUGACCUGCUUAAAAAACCUGCCCAACUGCCUGAUCUGAAAACUCUCAUUCUGAAGGGAAAUAAACUGGAGACGCUUUCGUUGGCGAGUUGCUUUGUUAGCCUCACACCUGUGAUGCACUUGGAUCUGAGCCAAAAUCUAUUACAACAUCAAAACGAUGACAAUUGCUCAUGGCCGGACACCUUGCUUACCAUGAAUCUGUCAACCAAUAAAUUGGCUGGCUCUGUUUUCAGGUGCUUGCCCAGAAGUAUUCAAACACUUGAUCUGAAUAAUAACAAAAUUCAAACUAUCCCUAAGGAGAUUAUCCACCUGACGUCCUUACGAGAGUUAAACAUCGCAUUGAAUUUUCUAACUGAUCUCCCUGGAUGCAGUCAUUUCAGAAAACUCUCAAUGCUGAACGUUGAAAUGAACUUCAUUCUCAGCCCCUCUCUGAACUUUUUGCAGAGCUGCCAGGAAGUUCGGACUCUAAAUGUGGGGAAAAAUCCAUUCCGGUGUACUUGUGACUUAAGAGAUUUCAUUCAGCUUGGGAAAUACUCAGAGGGCAUGCUGCUUGGGUGGUCCGACUCCUACCUCUGUGAAUACCCUUUGAAUCUAAAGGGCACUCGGCUAAAGGAUGUUUACCUUCCCGAAUUAUCUUGCAACAUGGCUCUGUUAAUUGUCACCAUUGUGGCUGUUGUGCUAGUUCUGGGGAUGGCUGUGGCCUUUAGCUGCCUCUGCCUGGACCUGCCUUGGUAUCUCAGGAUGCUAGGUCAAUGGAUACAAACACGUUUCAGGGUUGGGGAAGCAACCCAAGAACAACUCAAGAGAAACGUCCAGUUCCAUGCCUUCAUUGCAUAUAGUGAACGUGAUUCUCUCUGGGUAAAGAAUGCAUUGAUCCCUAGUCUAGAGAAAGAAGAUGGUUCUGUCUUGAUUUGCAUUUACGAGAGAAACUUCGACCCUGGCAAGAGCAUGGCUGAAAAUAUUAUCAACUGCAUUGAGAAAAGCUACAAAUCCAUCUUUAUUUUGUCUCCUGACUUUGUGCAGAGUGAGUGGUGCCAUUACGAAGGAAUUGCCCACCAUGAUCUCUUCCAUGAAAAUUCUGAUCAUAUAAUUUUUAUCUUACUGGAACCUGUCCCAUUCUAUUGCAUUCCCGCUAGGUAUCAGAAGCUGAAAGAUCUCAUGGAAAGGAAAGCACUCUUGGAAUGGCCCAAGAGUAGGCAUAAGUGUAGGCUUGUUUUGGCAAACCUUCGAGCUGCUAUUGAUGUGAAUUUAUCAGAUAACAGACAAGCAUGUGAGCUACAGACAUUCACAGGACUGGACGAACAGACCCGAGGUUCUGCAAGCUCUCUAGUAAGAACCGACUGCCUAUAA